GCUCACCACUGUCAGCCCAGUUCCAUUUCCCGCUGGCAGAGCGCCGAGCUCCGGAGAGUUAUCGCUGCGGUGGUCGCGAUGGGAAAGUCAGAUUUUCUUACCCCCAAGGCCAUCGCCAACAGGAUCAAAUCCAAGGGACUUCAGAAGCUGCGCUGGUAUUGCCAGAUGUGCCAGAAGCAGUGCCGGGACGAGAAUGGCUUUAAGUGUCAUUGUAUGUCUGAAUCUCAUCAGAGACAACUAUUGCUGGCUUCAGAAAAUCCUCAACAGUUUAUGGAUUAUUUUUCAGAGGAAUUCCGAAAUGACUUUCUAGAACUUCUCAGGAGACGCUUUGGUACUAAGAGAGUUCACAACAACAUUGUUUAUAACGAGUAUAUCAGCCACCGAGAGCACAUCCAUAUGAAUGCCACUCAGUGGGAGACUCUGACUGAUUUUACCAAGUGGCUGGGCAGAGAAGGCUUGUGCAAAGUAGAUGAGACACCAAAAGGCUGGUAUAUUCAGUAUAUAGACAGGGACCCAGAAACUAUCCGUCGGCAACUAGAACUAGAGAAAAAAAAGAAGCAGGACCUUGAUGAUGAAGAAAAAACUGCUAAAUUUAUUGAAGAACAAGUCAGAAGAGGUCUGGAAGGGAAAGAACAGGAUACUCCUGUUUUUACAGAAUUAAGCAGAGAAAAUGAUGAAGAGAAAGUGACAUUUAAUUUGAAUAAAGGAGCAUGUAGUUCAGCAGCAACAUCUUCCAAGUCAAGUUCUUUAGGACCAAGUGCCUUGAAGGUGAUAGAGACCACAGCAUCAGUGAAACGGAAAACACCUUCCCAGAGCUCAGCUCAACCCAAAGAAAAGAAGAAAAAGAAAUCUGCACUUGAUGAAAUCAUGGAGAUUGAAGAGGGAAAGAAAAGAGCCGCCCGAACAGACUACUGGCUGCAGCCUGAAAUUGUCGUGAAAAUUAUAACCAAAAAACUUGGGGAAAAAUAUCAUAAGAAAAAGGGCAUUGUUAAGGAAGUAAUUGACAAAUAUACAGCUGUUGUAAAGAUGAUUGACUCUGGGGACAAGCUGAAACUUGACCAGACUCAUUUAGAAACAGUAAUUCCAGCACCAGGAAAAAGAAUUCUUGUUUUAAACGGAGGCUACAGAGGAAAUGAAGGUACCUUAGAAUCCAUCAAUGAGAAGACCUUUUCAGCUACUAUAGUCAUUGAAACUGGCCCUUUAAAAGGACGCAGAGUCGAAGGAAUUCAGUAUGAAGACAUCUCUAAACUUGCUUGAGUUUGAAAAUUUGUUAACAUAUUAAAAAUCCUAAAGCAUCAAAUUGGUGUUUGCCAAGGCACUAUAAGACUCUACUGUGUUAGGGUAUUUCUUUUGUAUAAAACAAAUGGAUUUAUUUAAAUAUUACUGUACAGUUGUUUAGCUAAACU